AUGCCAGCGCCCCAGAAUGUAUUGCCAGUACCUUCAGCGCUCAGCAACCAAGGAGCAAUGCAGCAGCCAGGUUACAGUAACAGUAGUAAUAAUGGCGCUUUCGACACAACUGGCCAGCACAACCCCCCCGGUAUGAAGCCCAGAGUCACGGCUACCCUCUGGGAAGACGAAGGCAGCCUCUGCUUCCAGGUGGAAGCUAGAGGUAUAUGUGUAGCACGGAGAGAAGAUAACCACAUGAUAAACGGCACGAAACUAUUAAAUGUCGCUGGCAUGACUCGAGGUCGAAGGGACGGCAUCUUGAAAAGCGAAAAGGUUCGCCACGUCGUCAAGAUUGGUCCCAUGCACUUGAAAGGUGUCUGGAUUCCUUACGACCGUGCACUAGACUUUGCGAACAAGGAGAAGAUCACAGAGCUCCUGUUUCCCUUGUUUGUUCACAAUAUCGGAGCACUCCUUUAUCAUCCGUCGAACUCGAACCGCACCAGUCAGGUCAUGGCAGCUGCCGAGCGCCGCAAGCACGAAGGACUCGGUGGUCAGAGACCCCCUGCUCCUAAUGCUUUGCCUUCAAUUGGACAGCAUCACCCAAUGAUGCCUGGCUUGCCAACCGGAGGCUACGUUCCUCAAUCCCUUGCAAAUGGUCCUCAGUCUCUCGCAAGCACUCCCCAGCCUCUCGCAAAUGGUUCCCAGCCCCCCAUGCCUAAUGGAGGUGGCAUGCUUAAACGAGGACGAGAAGAAGAAGAAGACCUGCAUCGGCCAGUCUCCAAUGGACAUGAUCCUAUGAGUAACAUGCACGCAAUGUCCAAUGGUUACCCUCAACAGCCUCCCCUUGCGAAUGUACAUCAGCCUCCUAUGCAGAAUGGAGGAGAUAUGCUCAAGCGGGGUAGAGAGGAAGACGAUGAGGUUCAUAGGUCAGCGCAUAAUGCACACGACACCAUGAACAACAUGCCUGGUAGCAUGCCUGGUAUGUCAAAUGCAUAUGCUCAGCCUUUACCAAACGUUCAUCACCAGCCUCUUGCUAAUGGAGACGGAGGUAUGCUCAAGCGAGGUCGAGAUGAGGAUGAUGAUCACCGAUCAAGUCCCAAUGGACAUGAUUCUGCAGGCAACUUCGAAGCAAAGCGGCGUAAAACCAUAACAUCGAAUGACAGCAUGGUUUCUCCCGGCGGAUUCUACACCCUGCACAACGGGUAUGGCCAGCCUGGUGUUAUGAAUGGCAUGAGCCCAUACAAACGACGAGAUGAUGAGGCGGAGACGCCACGACCUGGCCCAAAUGUACAUGACCACUUGAACAACUUCGACCUGAAGCGACACAAGACCAUGGAGACGAGUGUCCCUGCUCCCCAGUAUGACGCCAUGAAUCGCCCUCAUUCUAGCAUCGGCACCUCUCCCUCCUAUGCCCCUGCUCCUGUUUAUGACAACUUGGCUCGGCCUGCAUCCACUGUUGCUGCGUCUCCUUCGUAUCCUUCUGCUCCGGUGUACGAUACUGCCGCUCGGCCUCCUUCUGCCAUUAGCGCUCCUCGAAGACAGCAAUCUUUCGGUUAG